AUGGUACUUGCUACUACUCACAAACUCGAAGAUCAGCCAAAGAUGAACCGGGAAAAAUUAAAGAACUUUUUAUUCAAACGUGUACCAAUACUGUCUUGGUUGCCCAAGUAUGACUCUGAGAAAGCCGUAAGCGACGCUAUUGCUGGGAUAACUGUCGGGCUUACUGUCAUGCCUCAAGGAUUGGCUUAUGCUACUUUAGCAGGACUGGAACCUCAGUAUGGAUUAUAUUCAGCGUUCAUGGGAGCAAUAGUUUAUGUCAUCUUCGGGUCUUGCAAGGACAUCACAAUAGGACCGACCGCGUUGAUGGCUAUUAUGACCCACGAGUAUGUCCAAGGAAAGAGUGCUGACUUUGCAGUGCUCUUGGCAUUUUUAGCUGGAUGUAUUCAGUUAGUGAUGGCGUGUCUUCAUCUGGAUGUCUUGAUUGAUUUCAUAUCGAUCCCCGUGACAGUGGGCUUUACAUCUGCGACUUCAGUUAUCAUAGUCGCGUCUCAAUUAAAAGGAAUUCUUGGAUUAAAAAUCACGUCUUCUGGAUUCAUCGAUACUCUCCAUAAAGUAUUUAGCAAUAUUGGAGACACCAACCCGUGGGACGCUGGGAUGAGUUUCAUUUGCAUAUUUUUUCUCGUGCUCUUAAGAAAAAUGAAAGACAUAAAAUGGUGCUCAAGAGUGGAAAAACCGUCAAAAGAAAGAAAGAUUCUCGCGAAAGUAAUCUGGCUGGUAUCAACAGCUAGGAAUGCUAUUGUAGUUGUUAUUUGUUCAACAAUAGCUUACAAAAUGAAUUCAACAGAAUCUGGUUCUCCGUUUGUCCUCACUGGACCUGUGAAAUCAGGCCUGCCGUCCUUCAGCUUGCCUCCGUUCUCAACACGGAUGAAUGACCAAAAUUUAAAUUUCAUCGACAUGUGCACUGAAUUGGGUCCGGCGAUAUUUCUCGUGCCUAUAAUUGGCGUCCUUGGAAACGUAGCCAUCGCGAAAGCCUUUGCUAAUGGAGCUAGUGUCGACGCAACUCAAGAACUCUUGACUCUUGGCUUGUGCAAUGUUUUGGGAUCAUGUGCUAGCGCUAUGCCGGUCACUGGUUCUUUCAGCAGGUCCGCUGUUAACCAUGCCAGUGGUGUUAAAACUCCAAUGGCUGGGCUUUAUACUGCGUCCUUAGCAGCAGUAAUUAUUUCUGCAGUGAUAUACAUGAUUGAAUACGAAGUAGUGAAACUUAUGUGGAAGUCAAGCAAAAAAGAUUUGAUCCCAAUGUUUGCAACUUUCUUCCUUUGUCUUGUUAUUGGAGUUGAGUAUGGAAUUUUAGUUGGCGUAGGAAUAAAUCUUAUGUUUUUACUGUACCCAUCAGCUCGUCCAACUAUUCAUGUAGAGAAAUGCGUCACCGACUCUGGAACGGAUUAUCUCCUGGUGAUACCUGGCAACAGUCUCUACUUUCCUGCAGUAGACUUUAUAAAACAAUUCGUGGAUCAUGCAGGAAUACGGGAGGGUUCGAGUCAAUUGCCAGUGGUCGUCGAUUGCAGAUACGUAUUAGGAGCAGACUUUACAGCUGCAAAAGGAAUUGCUGCAUUAAUCGGGGAAUUUAAUACCCGAAAGCAGGGCCUUUAUUUCUUCAAUCCCCGGUCAGAUGUUGUUGCCGUCCUUCGAGGAGCUUGUGGUGAAGAUUUUCAGCAUGUCUCCACUCAAGAAGAAUUGUCGUACUUACUGUAUCGCAGUCAAGACAAAACCUCGCGACCUUUAUCCGGGACGAUAAGACGAGAGCUCUCAUGUGAAGCUUCCUCAAAUUCAAGUGUCGAAUUGACUCACCGAACAACCCACACGAAUUACCACGAGCUCAACGAGGUGAGAGCUACUUUGUUGCCCGCAACAGUCAGCUAA